AUGGGGACGAGCAGCGAUGAAGCAGGGGCCAGCCGGAGCGGGGCGCGCGCAGCAUGGCGGCGGAAGCGGAAGGGAGUUCUCCGCUCCUGUUGCCGCCGCCACCACCCCCGCCCGGGAUGGCGGAAGUGGAGGCGCCGACGGCGGCCGAGACGGACAUGAAACAUUGCCACGGCUCCGGCGGCGUCACCAUGGACGUGGAGCGGAGCCGCUUCCCCUACUGCGUGGUGUGGACGCCCAUCCCGGUGCUCACGUGGUUUUUCCCCAUCAUUGGCCACAUGGGCAUCUGCACCUCCACAGGAGUCAUUCGGGACUUCGCUGGCCCCUACUUUGUCUCGGAAGACAACAUGGCCUUUGGAAAGCCUGCCAAGUACUGGAAGUUGGACCCUGCUCAGGUAUACACUAGCGGUCCCAAUGCCUGGGACACGGCUGUGCACGACGCCUCUGAGGAGUACAAGCACCGCAUGCACAAUCUCUGCUGUGACAAUUGUCACUCGCACGUGGCGUUGGCCCUGAACCUGAUGCGCUACAACAACAGCACCAACUGGAAUAUGGUGACACUCUGCUUCUUCUGCCUGCUCUAUGGGAAGUACGUCAGCAUCGGGGCCUUCGUGAAGACCUGGCUGCCCUUCAUGCUUCUCCUUGGCAUCAUUCUGACCGUCAGCCUCGUCUUCAACCUCCGGUGAUGGCUCCCCUGUGGCCCCGAACCGACCAGGCUCCCAAAGAGGCAGCUAUCACCCUCUUUUGGUUCCAGAUUCUUUCUCCUCACCCCAAAAGGCAGUGUUGGACUAUUCUUUCGGACCCCGGGGUCUGGGCUAGGUGGAAGGGCUGAGGAUGCGUUGUGGCGUGGGAGUGUUUGUUUUCUCACUGGCCACUCAGAAGCCCCCUGUCCCUUCUCCCCAGGCUUGUGACCCCUGCCCUUAAGGCCCCUCUUUGUUCUUGUGUUGGAAAAACCUUAGCUACCCUCUGUAGAGCUUCUCCUGCCAGUGCCUGCUGGGCUCCUGCCUCAGCCCAGUGCCCAGUGUGGGGAGGGGAGGACAUUUGGACCCGCUGGCCAAGGCGGCACUUGGACCAGAGCUCGAUUAGGAGCCUGCCCUUCUGCAUUAGCUCUGGUCCUGUAGUGGGAUGGGGUACACUGAGACAUUUCUAUAAACUAAGCUGCUCUGGGCCUCUAGAACAGUCCAGAAGGGCUAGCUGGGCCGCUCUGUUGGAUAUCUGCCAGCAGCUGCACUGGGGGAAGUGUGUGUCCAUCUCCUGGCAUCCUCUAGCCCGUGCAGCCCCUCUUCACCCUCCCAGGUCCUCCCAACAUUGGGCCCCUGCAGUUUGAGGCCUGGCUGGAGAGGUGCAUGGAGCUGACAUGUGCCAGAGUGACCCUGUAGACAAGGGAGCGUCAACACCGCUUGGCCCCAGCCCCAGGUGUGGGCCUCCUGCUGGUGAUGGCUCCCUGUGGGUCCAAAAUACUGUGGGCUGCCAGCACAGCCAGUGCCAUCAGGGAGCAGGGGGGCUGUUUCCCCCACCCUCCUGCUCCGCAGAUUCCUUUGUGAGGGGCUCCCUGGGCAGGGUAAUAAAGAGUUGACUCUG